AUGGGCCCGCUCAAGCUUUCGCCAUCUCAAGGCGGUGGCGCGCACGUCCCCACCGCCUUGGAGCUGCAGAUGCAGGAAGCUGCCGAGCGGCUGCGCGGCGGGGGGCGUCUGGUCAAGGUGCAGCUGCACGUCUUGGAGGACCCGAUGUUGGCUGCUGCAGCAGCUGCCGCGCAGCUGGCCCUCAGCUCGAGCUGGCAUGGGGACGGCGGCGGCGGCCUUGCCCUCGCAGGUUCCGGGCAGCUGCCGCAGGGCGGCAGCUGCAGCUGGCAUGCAAGCAGCGGCGGCGGCGGCAGCCUCGACGCGGCCGGCGGCGGCGCCUGGCUCCACGGGCGCCUGCCAUUCGCCCGCAAGGGCAGCGGGGGCGCGGCAGCGCAGCAGGCACCGCGGCUGCUAGAGCUGCGCCUCGACGUCUGCGCGGGCGCGGGCGUGCCGCUGGGCGUCACGCCCGCGCCGCGGCGCGGGCGGCGGCGGAUGCCGUCCUUGGAGGCGAUCGACAUGCUUGCAGGCAGGACGAUGGCGGGCAGCAUGGCGGCGGUGGCGGACAUAGGGCCGCCGCUGCUGGUGCCGACCGGCGGGAGUGGCGCCACCAGCGUGAGCGGCAGUGGCGCCGCGUCGCCCAGGGGGGAGGUGGGCGGCGCGGCGGGGGCGGCGGCGGCAGAGGAGCACGAGCAGGAGCGCGAGCGGGUGGGCGAGACAGGGUCUGGCCCUGCGAAGCGAGCCGACCCGCACCUGGCAGUUAUUCAGCAGCAGCAAGAGCGGCUGUCGACCGAGCAGCAGCCCGCAAAUGGGGUGGCCGACCAGCCAGCAGCUGCGGGUACUGCCGCAGAGGAGCGGCUGGCCACUGGCCGGUCACUCCUGGGUUGGCUGCUCGGGCGCGACGCGUUGGUGGACCCGCAGCAGGAGCAGCAGCAGCGGCGGCGGCGGCGGCGGCCAGGGCCGGACAGUCACCACCAGCACCAGCAGCAGCACCAGCAGCAGCAGCAGUCGCCAUGCGCUCAGGACGACGCGGCGGCGGCGCAGGACCGGGUGCGCCAAGCGGAGGCCGCCGCGGCCGCCGUGUACGGCGAGCGCUGGGCACACAAGGUCCGCCGCCUGCGCCGCGCGGCCGGCGCGCGCGCGGAGCAGCCGGGGUGGGCGGUGCGGGCGGUGAUCGUGAAGAGCGGGGACGACUGCCGCCAGGAGGCGCUGGCGCUGCAGCUCAUACGCGAGUUCGGCGCGAUCUGGGCCGAGUCCGGCCUGCCGCUGUGGGUACGGCCGUUUGAGGUGGUGGUGACGUCAGACGACACCGCCCUGAUAGAGCUCAUCCCUGACGCCCUCAGCGUGCACACGGUCAAGGCCAGGGCGGGUGCGCGGGCAGAGCGCGACCAGGGCCGCGGCGGGGCGCGGCAGGGCAGCAGCCUGUCAGAGUACUUCUUCCGCCGCUACCCGGCCGGCAGCGCCGCCUGCGCCGCCGCGCAGCGGCGGUUCACAGAGUCCCUCGCGGCCUACAGCCUCAUCACAUACCUGCUGCAGGCACGAAUGAUUGCGUGA